CCGAUCCCGGCCGGCAUGAUGUGCCUGGAAUGCGCCUCGGCGGCGGCGGCGGGCGGCGCGGAGGAGGAGGAGGCGGACGCGGAGCGGCGGCGCCGGCGCCGGGGAGCGCAGCGCGGGGCUGGCGGCGCAGGCUGCUGCGGGACGCGGGCUGGGGGCGCCUCCGGGGCCGCGAGCGCGGACGACGAGGUGCAGACGCUGUCGGGCAGCGUGCGGCGGGCCCCGUCCGCGGCCCCGAGCACCCCGAGCCGCGCGGCAGCUGCCAAAGGCCCCGGCGCGCAGCCACCCAAACCCGCCAGCUUGGGCGGCGGGCGGGGGGCGGCCGCCGCCAUCCUCAGCCUGGGCAACGUGCUCAACUACCUGGACAGGUACACCGUAGCAGGCGUCCUUCUGGACAUCCAGCAGCACUUUGGGGUGAAGGACCGAGAUGCUGGCUUGCUACAGUCAGUGUUCAUCUGCAGCUUCAUGGUGGCAGCACCCAUCUUUGGCUACCUGGGGGACCGCUUUAAUAGGAAGGUGAUCCUGAGCUGUGGCAUCUUCUUUUGGUCAGCCAUCACCUUCUCCAGCUCCUUCAUCCCCCAGCAGCACUUCUGGCUGCUGGUCCUGUCUCGGGGGUUGGUGGGCAUUGGAGAGGCCAGCUACUCCACCAUCGCUCCCACCAUCAUUGGCGACCUCUUCACCAAGAACACGCGCACGCUCAUGCUGUCUGUCUUCUACUUUGCCAUCCCUUUGGGCAGCGGCCUUGGCUACAUCACGGGCUCCAGUGUGAAGCAAGCGGUUGGAGACUGGCACUGGGCUUUACGGGUGUCUCCCAUCCUGGGCAUGAUCACAGGAACACUCAUCCUUGUCCUGGUCCCUGCCACUAAGAGAGGUCAUGCUGACCAGCUUGGGGGGCAGCUCAAGGCACGAACCUCAUGGCUUCGAGACAUGAAGGCCCUGAUCCGCAACCGCAGCUAUGUCUUCUCCUCCCUGGCCACGUCGGCAGUGUCCUUCGCCACAGGGGCAUUGGGCAUGUGGAUCCCUCUCUACCUGCAUCGCGCCCAAGUCGUGCAGAAGACAGCAGAGAUAUGCAACAGCCCACCCUGCGGGGCUAAGGACAGCCUCAUCUUUGGAGCCAUCACCUGCUUCACAGGCUUCUUGGGUGUGGUCACGGGAGCUGGUGCCACACGCUGGUGCCGCCUUCGGACACAACGGGCUGACCCCCUGGUGUGUGCGGUGGGCAUGCUAGGCUCCGCCAUCUUCAUCUGCCUCAUCUUCGUGGCUGCCAAGAGCAGCAUUGUGGGGGCCUAUAUCUGUAUCUUCGUUGGGGAGACGCUGCUGUUUUCUAACUGGGCCAUCACUGCAGACAUCCUCAUGUAUGUGGUCAUCCCCACAAGACGGGCCACGGCCGUAGCCCUGCAGAGCUUCACCUCCCACUUGCUGGGGGAUGCUGGAAGCCCCUACCUCAUUGGCUUUAUCUCUGACGUGAUCCGCCAGAGCACCAAGGACUCCCCACUCUGGGAGUUCCUGAGUCUGGGAUACGCCCUCAUGCUCUGCCCCUUCGUGGUGGUACUGGGCGGCAUGUUCUUCCUGGCCACAGCGCUCUUCUUCCUCAGUGACCGUGCUAAGGCCGAGCAGCAGGCGAACCAGUUGGCGAUGCCACCCGCAUCUGUGAAAGUCUAAGGCGGUGCCGCUGGGACACUGAAGAACCCUCUCUCCUUCCCAAGGUGGGAGGUGCCCGGCAGUUAGCUAGUCCUGCUGGACUUUCCGAGAGCUUCCUGUGUGACCCACGGCUGGGCACCCAUCCUCUCUGGCCAUGGCUUCAAGAAGAGGCUGUGCCCUCAGCUAACCUGGAAGACAGUGUGCUUUGGAGCCGCGUGGUUGGACAGAUGCCCAGCCCUGGGCUGGGACCACUGAGCCCUUGGAGCCCCCCGAGAAGGCAACCCUUAGUGGGUGUGCCAGGAGAGCCUGGCCUGGCACUGGCCUAUGCGAUCUUGGGCAAGUCCCUGCCCUCCCCAGACAGUGUGGACAGGGGGCUGCGCUUCCCCAUGCAGCACACUGGCCAGAGUCCUCUGUGCAGCUUCGAAGAACCCACAGCUCCAAGACCUUACAGAGAAAGGGUGUUCCAGGCCUCUGGAUGGCAUCUCAGGCCCUGUAUGCCUGAGGCUGUCAGUUUUGGUCCUGCUGGCCACUAGGAGCCUGUUUCCAACACCUAGGACUAGUUCAGCCUGGAGGUCUCCCAGGUGCAGACCAUCUCCAGACAGGAAAUGGCAUCACCAGGGGUGAAGGCCCUGGUGGCAGCUGUGGACCAUCUGUGCCCUCAGGUUUGAGAUGUGGUGGGGUUAUCCACUCCUCUGGGUCCCCCACAGAAGGAAUGCUACCUGACACAGGCUGGGCCUUUCCCAAGACCUGUUCCCAGAAGUGGGAACCAGGGCUCUGACUGCCGGAGGAAGCAGCUAUCCACUGUGCUUCCUUCCUACUCGGUAGAGGCAGAGGUCCUCCACUCAACAAGCUCAUUACUCCUGCGCCAAUUCCACCUCCAUCUCUCAUGCAGCCUCUAACCACUUGACACCCUGUCCUCAGCUACAUACCAGGACUGAUGCCAACUCACAUCCUGGCAUCCUCAAUGGAGCUUCUAUUCUGCACCACACCCGUCUCCUUGCGCACUGGCUCCAAUUGAGGUGUCUGGCUGAGGGGUUCCUUGUAACUAGGAGACCCUACGAGCCAGUUCAGACAAUGCUCUUCUGCCCUGUAGUUACUGGCUGGCGUGGCUUCAGUGGCGUGUAAGCUUGUGGAAUGCCCACUCCCCACCAAGCACUGGGAUACCCUGGGGGGGGCCUAACCAGGGGUGGGCUCCCCUGAAGAUCAGCUUGGCCUUCACUUCCACCCCAGCCUCGACCGGGGCCCCAGCAAUGUUUUCUUGUUGUACAAGAACCAGGUCCAAGUGUAGCCUCCUCUUCCUUCCGGAAGCCAAACUGCUCCUUUAUUUUUUAGAGCUGCUGAUUGUGAAUUUCAGAGUCUUAAAAAAAGCCAAAUAUAUUCCUCUUGUAAAUGAAGAAAUAAAACUAUUUAAAUCAUG